AUGUCAUCUUCCUUCGACGCAUUCACCGAUGACUUGAACGUCAACUCUUCUUCAACUCACCACUUCGCUACCUCCGAUCAAGACGACACCUACUCCGGUUUUGGCGGCUACUCCAACUUCUCCGCCGACGGCGAUGUCACCGUCGAUCAUGCCGCCGAGGCUUCACCGGACAUCUUCGGAUUCAGUGAUCCGAAUCCCGGUUACUCUCCGUCUCCAUUUGAAUCGGUUUCAGUUGAGAACGGGAACGAUAACGGAAACGGUUACGGUGAGAGUGACGGUGUUUUUGUCUCUGAUGGUCCGAUUCUUCCUCCGCCUGGUGAGAUGGAGUCAGAGGAAGGUUACGCUCUUCGCGAGUGGCGUCGUCAAAAUGCCAUUGAGCUAGAGGAGAAGGAGAAAAAAGAAAAAGAAACGAGAUUGAAGAUUCUGGAGGAAGCUGAGGAGUAUAAGGUGGCUUUCUAUGAGAAAAGGAAGCUUAAUGUUGAGACUAACAAGGUUCAAAAUAGAGAAAGGGAGAAGUUAUUUGUGGCUAAUCAAGAGAAGUUUCACAAAGAGGCAGACAAAGCUUAUUGGAAGACAAUUGCAGAGCUCAUUCCUCGUGAGGUUCCUAGCAUUGAGAAGAAGAGAGGCAAAAAAGAUCAGGAUAAGAAGCCAUCAAUCACUGUUAUUCAAGGCCCUAAGCCUGGCAAACCCACAGAUCUUUCCAGGAUGCGGCAAAUACUGUUAAAACUGAAGCAUACACCACCACCUCACAUGAUUCCUCCACCACCACUACCUGCUCCUGCUAAAGAUGCCAAAGUCGGUAAGGAUGGAAAAGAAACAUCUGCGAAAGCAACUCCUACAGCUGAAGGUGCAUCAGGAUCCCAACCAAAGGAUGUCACUUCCAAUGGCCCUGCAGAGGAACCCAAGGAAGAAGCCUCUGCAACGGAGGAGCAACCUACUGCAUAA